AUGCCUCUCGUCAACACCACAGAAAUCAACGAGGACACUCGUGUCCUGGGUUAUGACCCUUUGCUCUCUCCUCAGUUCCUUCAGACCGAGAUCCCCGCGCCCCCCCAUGCCAUUGAGGCCGUGCGAUCCGGCCGUGCCCAGGCCGUUGAAAUCAUCGAGGAGCGCGAUGACCGUCUCUUGGUGGUUGUCGGUCCUUGCUCCAUCCACGACCCUGCCACAGCCCUCGAGUACGCUGCACGUUUGAAGGAACUCUCGGAGAAGCUCUCCGGUGAUCUCUGCAUCAUCAUGCGGGCCUACCUGGAGAAGCCCCGUACCACCGUCGGCUGGAAGGGAUUGAUCAACGACCCUGACCUGGACGAAUCCUACAACAUCAACAAGGGUCUGCGUAUCUCUCGUAAGCUUUACGCCGACUUGACCGGCUUGGGCAUGCCCAUUGCCAGCGAGAUGCUCGACACAAUCUCCCCCCAGUACUUGGCCGAUCUCAUCUCCCUCGGUGCCAUUGGUGCCCGUACCACUGAGUCGCAAUUGCACCGUGAACUUGCCUCCGGUCUGAGUUUCCCCAUCGGAUACAAGAACGGCACUGAUGGUAACUUGACCGUUGCCAUUGAUGCCAUUGGCUCUGCUGCUCACCCUCACCGUUUCUUGGGUGUCACCAAGCAGGGUCUGGCCUCCAUCACCAAGACCUCUGGUAACGAGCACGGUUUUGUCAUCCUCCGUGGAGGUGCCAAGGGAACCAACUACGACCGCGACAACAUCAAGGCUGCCCGUGAGGCUCUCAGAGCUAAGAAGCAGCGUGAGAUCCUCAUGGUCGACUGCUCCCACGGUAACUCCAACAAGAACCACCGUAACCAGCCCCUCGUAGCCGCAGAGCUGGCUGAUCAGCUCCGUGAGGGUGAGACCGCCGUUGUCGGUGUCAUGAUCGAGUCCAACAUCAACGAGGGCAACCAGAAGGUUCCGGCCGAGGGUGCCUCCGGCCUGAAGAAGGGUGUCAGUAUCACCGAUGCCUGUAUUAGCUGGGAAUCCACUGUCGAGGUUCUCGAGAACCUUGCCGAUGGUGUUCGCGCCAGACGUGCCGUUAUUGCCUCCAAGGCCAACGGUACCCACUAA